ACAGUAAAUAAAAAUAAAAAUACAUUUCAUUAUAUCUCUCAAAAUAAUUUUCUCGAGAAAACGAAAGAAAAGGAGAGAAGAAUGGAAACGACACCGGUGAACUGGGAAGCAUUAGACAGACUUAUAAUCGAGUUUGCAAAAUCAGAAAAAUUAAUUGAAGAUUCGUUUUCUUCUCCAUUAUCUUCUCCUUCUCCAUCUUCUUCUUCUUCGUCAGUGUCAUCAUCAUCAUAUCAUUCGCGAUUGAUCAUUCGACAGAUCAGACGGUUCUUAGAGUCUGGUGACAUUGACACAACAAUUGAGCUUCUCGGCUCCCACGCUCCUUUCAUUCUUGAUGAUCAUAGGCUUUUGUUUCGGUUGCAGAAACAGAAAUUUAUCGAGUUAUUGAGGAAAGGAACGGAGCAGGAUAGGGAUUCUGCAAUUGAAUGUAUCAGAACAGCCCUUGCUCCUUGUGCUCUUGAUGCUUAUCCGGAAGCAUAUGAGGAAUUCAAGCAUGUCCUUCUUGCCUUCAUAUAUGACAAAGAUGACCAGAGUUCUCCUGUGGCAAAUGAGUGGUCUGAAAGGAGGAGAUUUGACAUUGCUGGAUUAAUGUCUUCAGUUCUAAGAGCGCAUUUACAUGCAUAUGAUCCAGUCUUUUCAAUGACAUUGAGAUAUUUGAUAAGCAUACAUAAAGGAUUUUGCUUUCGUGAGGGAAUUUCAUCACCUAUAUCAGAUCUUACUGAGAGGUUGCUCCUUGAAGAACGUGAUCCUCCUGCUGUACCACAAGAGAGUCUGUAUGAGGCACCUCCAUUUGAUGAGGUGGAUAUACAAGCUCUUGCACAUGCAGUGGAGCUUACAAGACAAGGGGCAGUUGAUAGCUUGAGAUUUGCCAAGGGAGAUCUGUUUCAGGCAUUCCAGAAUGAGUUAUGUCGGAUGAAAUUGGAUGUCUCAAUGCUUGAUGAGCUUGUUCGUGAGUACUGUGUUUAUAGGGGCAUUGUGGAUUCCGGUCUUGCUUCCCCUUCUGUUUCAGGAGUGGAAACCCCCUCUGAACCUUUAAAAGUCAAUCAAACAGAGCCUGGCUAUUCUUCAUCAAUGAACUGUUCUCUUGAAGUCGAUCAUACUACCUAUAAACAUUCGGAUGGUGAAACUUCCACAAGCAAUGCUCUUAUGGAUGGUUCUCCUGAAAACAAUGCGCGUAUGAUGAAUAGGACACAAGGAACUGAUGCUGAGUUAAGAUACGCAUGUGAGACAACUAUCAACUUUGAAGAUUGUAGCACCAGUGGAUCACAUCAAACUGGUAUUUCUAAAGUUAUACAGAGAAACAAAAACCGUGCAACUGGAGAAAGGAGCAAACGCAAGAGAUGGAGGGGUAGGCAAGAUGACGAAGACUAUAUUUCUGGAGUUUCGUUCAAUGGAAGCAGUAAGCAAGAUUAUAAUGUCACUGCUAUCUGCACAAAUUUGCCAACGGAACAACAGGGUUUUGAAAAAAAUUCCAUACUAGACAUAAGUAAUAGGGAGGAUAAAUAUGAGCUUGUGCUGGGGAUUAAGGAACUAGCAAGUAGUGGAAUGGCUGCAGAGGUUGUGGAAGAAGUUAAUGCUUUUGAUCCAAACUUCUUUGUCCAAAAUCCUGUCUUGCUCUUCCAAUUGAAGCAGGUUGAAUUUCUUAAGCUGGUCGAUUCAGGUGAUCACUCAAGUGCUCUAAAGGUUGCAUGCUCACAUUUAGGGCCCUUAGCUGCUAGUGAUCCUGAUCUACUGAAGCCCUUGAAGGAGACUAUGUUGGCAUUGCUUAGACCUAAUGAAGAUGCAAUAGGGAAAGGCUUGCCUUUACAUGCUCUUGCAACUUCGCUUCAGGUUGCAAUUGGGAGGAGACUUGGUAUUGAGGAACCACAGCUUAUGAAGAUAAUGAGAGCAAUGCUUCACACACACAAUGAGUGGUUUAAACUUCAAAUGUGUAAAGAUCGCUUUGAAAGUCUUCUAAGGAUUGAUUCUCUGAAAGAAGUUAAUGCCCCCAUGCUUUCUGCUUGUUUGAUUUCAAAAUCAAAUGCUGACAGCUGUACUCAUGGAUCCUCCCAAGUUACAGUGUCUUCAAGCAUUAGGUUGUCUGAAGAUGGUAGCAGUCCAACUCAAGUGUCAUCUAGAGAUGUUCACGAUGAAAAUGCUAUACUCAAAGUUAUGGAAUUUCUUGCGCUGCCUAGGGCUGAUGCUAUCCAUCUUCUUGCACAGUACAAUGGAAACGCUGAAACUGUCAUCCAACAAAUAUUUGCAUAGUUUUGAAUCUAGAACUGUAGUAAAGACCCUGAUCUAUUUGUUUAUUUAUUUUGGAAGAAUAUUAUUUUAUUCAAUUUGUACCAUAGCUGUAGAUACAGAAUGGAUUGCAGAGAGAGAAAGGUCCUGGUCUUCUCACAAAGAAACACAGCCUACUUUUAGUUAUUGGUCUGUCUAUUUGCGAUGUGUUUUUCUUGUCAUAGAGAGAGCAUUACUUAAUAAUGAAAAUUUAUUUCAUUCACGGGCUUA